UCCGACCGCGCCACGUUCGCUUGUGCGAUUUUCGCGCGCGUCACUUAUAAACAAAUUCCAUUUUUAAAAAGUGUCUACUUAGUGACAGUUUAGUGAAGUUAAAAAAGUUUCGCACAAAGGAGAUUUAUUAUCUAUAAAAUUGUGUUUACUAUACCCCAGUAAGUUCUUAUAUUGUGAAGUUAAAACCGUGACGAGUGACGCUGCAAUGCGAAAAAUAAACUGCAAUGAACGCUAAAGUAUGCCAAGCUCAAGUGUAGUAAAGUGGUUUUAACGUGUUCUGGACACAUAAUGUGAGUGUAUCAGUAUGUGGGCGGCAGAGUUCAUCUGUAUCUUCAUACUUUUUGGUGUGACAUCUGGCGGCGGAGGCUGGGAGCCCCUGGGGCAGCCGUAUUUCGACAAUAGCACUAAACGUGAGGCUACGGCCGCAGUGGGACAGCCAGCCUACCUACAUUGUAGGGUUCGGAACCUUGCCGAUCGAGCGGUUUCAUGGAUACGCAAGAGGGACCUACACAUAUUAACGGUGGGGGUACACACAUACAGUAGCGAUGCUCGGUUCGCGGCACUUCAUGCUGAUGGGUCAGAUGAGUGGACCCUUCGGGUAUCGCCCGCCCAGCCUCGCGACUCUGGUGUCUAUGAGUGCCAAGUGUCAACAGAGCCCAAAAUAAGUCUGUCAUUUAGACUCACAGUUGUAGUGUCGAAAGCAGAAAUCCUAUCAGGGCCAGAGCUAUUCGUCAGGGCAGGAUCGGACAUCAAUCUCACUUGCGUUGCGAAACACGCCCCAGACCCGCCGAGCUUUAUCUACUGGUACCGGGGCGAGCAAGUUGUGAACUACGCUCAGCGUGGAGGCAUCAGCGUGGAAACGGAACAGAGGACGCGUACAAGCCGCCUCUUGAUCGCUCGCGCAGCACCGCAUGACUCUGGGAACUAUACAUGUGCACCUAGCAGCUCCGAAUCGGCAUCGGUGAUAGUUCACGUCCUAAGUGGAGAACGUCCCGCCGCCAUGCAGAGUUCCAGCUCAUUGUCAUCUCACAUUAACCCUCUUCUCUUAACCCUCUCUAUAUCAACUUUACUACACAAUUAUAUUUUUUACAAAAAUAUACCCGACAUCUUUCACCUAGCCAACAAUGUACUAUGCUGCGCUCUUUUUAGCCAAAUUUCUAUUUUUCUACAAAAUACCUACGGAAGCAGCACAAGAUGACCUAAUAAUAAUAAUAACCUAUAAUUAUGUAUAAUAACAAGUUUCUAAAAUGUAAUAUUAGUAUAACUAAUGAGUUCGUUUUAAUUAUAGAGAAUACAACGACUUGACUUGACAACGGUCGACAUAUUCUGUCAAUUUUAGUUUUAACAACACAUGCAAUGUGUCAGUUUAGACAAUUUAAAAGAUACAAAGGAAAGCUUAAUGAACGUUAUAUCCAGUCAUAAAUGUUUAUACAGAGAUUAGGGGAUUCUCCGCUUUAAGUCUUUUGGCGAUUAUCCGUUUUAUUCCUUUUCGUUUGUUGAGAUUAGAAUAAAUGGAUAUUGCGAAUUUAAACGAUACAGCGUGUAACGAAAGCCCUUAACAAAAUAAAUAUUUUUUUUCCUUGCUGCGAUGGACUCUGCCGCUUCUCUUGUUCUCAUGUGUUUAAUUCGUAGCAACCACUGGUAAUGCUAGCACGGCUGGCUGUUGAGUAACGUUAAAUAAUUUUGUUUAACUUUUUUUUUUUGAGAAAUAAGUAGC